AUGCAGGCUUUCCUCUUCACCCUGCUCCUGGGAGCGGCUGCUGCUGCUUCUGCGAAUCUGAAGAUCAUUAAUGGCCAGAAUUGUUCUCCUCACUCUCAGCCCUGGCAGGUUUUGCUGACAUUUAAUGGGUAUCGCUGGUGUGGGGGCUCCCUGAUAAACGACCAGUGGAUAGUGUCAGCUGCUCAUUGUUACCACCCGUCCAGCAUCCUCGUGGCUCAUCUGGGUGAGCACAACCUCUCUCACUCCGAGGGGACGGAGCAGCGGAUCCAAGUGGUCAAGGCCAUCGUGCACCCCAGUUUCAACUACAGGAACUUCAACAACGACAUCUUGCUGCUCAAACUGGCGUGGCCGGCCACAUUCGACCAGUACGUCAGGCCCAUCCCUCUGCCCAGCCAGUGUGCCACAGCCGGGACUCAAUGCAGCACCUCUGGCUGGGGGAGACUCAUGAUUAACGGAGGUGAAUUACCCGAAGUCCUACAGUGCCUGAAUCAGCCCAUCCUGCCUGAUGCUGAUUGCGCCAAAGCUUAUCCUCUCUACUUCACGGACAACAUGUUCUGCUCAGGAUACUGGGAGGGAGGUCAGGGCACAUGCCAGGGAGACUCAGGGGGACCUGUGGUCUGUAAUGGGGAGCUACAAGGCAUUACUUCCUGGGGUUACCACUGUGCUAUGAAGGAUCAUCCCGGCGUCUUUGUGAAAGUUUGUAAUUACUACAAUUGGAUCCAAACGGUCAUGGAUGAAAACUGAGUGGAGAAUCCUAACCCUGAAACUACCUGCAAUGAGGGAAAGUAAAAUGUUGCAAGUUUCCAAUAAAGAUUGAUUGUCAA